AAUCCCUCCCUCUCUUCUCUGGCUCGGCCACAGGCACAGGCACAGGCACAGGCAGAGGCUCAUCUCCUAUGCUCAUCCAAACCCUAAAUUAAUUUAACCGCGGACGAACCCAUCCCUAUAAAUUUCUCCUCCAAAUCUCCUUGUCAUUUUCCUCACGAUCCACCAUAUUCGCCUUUCACGGGAAAACUACUCUCGGAGAUUACCAUUAAAUCUUCUUUUAUUUAGUGAAAUCUCAUCGAUUUCCUUCUUCUCUUCUGGGUCUUAUCUCAAAUUUUCCAAGGAAACAUAGUCCAUCUUAUCUUAUCUGUUUUAGAAAAUCUCGAUUUUGCUAUCUUCAGCAUUUGUCUUCAGAGUUGUGUAAAUUUAGACCAUUAGACAAAAUUUGUUGUGGUUUACUUCUUUUAACUGGGAUUUGUGUUUUACGCUUACAAGGUGUAGAAAAAACAAUGGUCGGAGGUGGAAACAGGAAGGAUGAACAGUUGGUGAUAAGCAACAAUAACGUUUUCGCGGCUCUUGGAACCCUAAGGAAGAAGAAGAAGUCUGAUAAGGAUGCUAAGGGCAAGAGCGCUGGGGGUUCAGCUUCUAAAAAUGUCAAGCAGACAGAGAAGGAUCCUGAGCCUGUUUUCUGGGCUCCAGCGCCAUUGACUGUCAAAUCAUGGGCAGAUGUUGAUGAUGAAGAUGAUGAUGAUUAUUACGCUACUACAGCUCCGCCCCAGGCUGUUUGGGGAGCUGAUACUGCUAAUGAACAACAUCACAAGGCAAAGGAAAGUGUAACUCCAGUCGAGGAAAGUGAAAGUGAAGAAGAAGGGCUUGAUGAAGCUGAUGAUGAUAAUGAGGAAGAACAUGAGCAGGAACCUGAUUUACCAGAGGAAAAGGAGCCAAUUGUUAAGAAGACUGCUGAAAAUGUGGCACCCAAAGAGUCGGAAAGGCAGCUUUCAAAGAAGGAACUUAAGAAAAAGGAACUUGCUGAGCUUGAAGCUAUGCUUGCUGAAUUUGGAUUAAACAAAGCUGAGAGCAAUGAUGAUUCACAAGGUGCUGCACAGGAUAAGGUGGAAAAACUCAAUGGAGAGAUGGCUAAGAAGGAUGAUAAUGCUCCUGGGGAGAGCAAGAGUGCAAAGAAGAAGAAGAAGAAAGAUAAAUCAUCGAAGGAGUCUAAAGAGCAACAUGACCAAUCCAAUGGUGUUGGAAAUGGGACCAAUGAAACAGUGGCAACCGAGAAGGGAGAAGAUGCACCUACUGUUGCUAUGAAGAUAAAGAAGAUGACAUUGCUUAAGAAGAAAAAAUCAAGCAAGGAGGUAGAUGCUGCUGCCAAAGCUGCUGCCAGUGAGGCUGCAGCAAGGAGUGCAAGGCUAGCUGCUGCAAAGAAAAAGGAGAAGAACCAUUACAACCAGCAACCCCUGCGGUGAAAUGUUUCUUGAAUUGGAAGUGAGCAUGUAUGUUGUUCAUUUGUUAAAUGCACAAUAAACAUCAGAAUCUGAUUCAAUGGAGAUGGGACUCUGGCAUACUACUUUUUUAUUUUACCAAAAAGAAAUUAAUCUAAAAAAUAGGUUUACUGAAUGGUUGUGGUGGUCUUUUAUAUUCUGCUGCUGGAUGGACAGUUUUUGUGAUGUUCCUAUCAAAUUGAAAUGAACUUCAAUGUGUCCUCA